CCCACUCCGGGAUUAGGCGGCAGAAGGCAGCGCCCACAGCGGGGCCGGGCUUAAAGGGCCUCGGCGAGAGACAGGAGGCUUCGCGUCGAGCAUGGCGACCUGCGUGCGGCUGGGAACCGCGGCUAGGAUCCCUAUGGUGGGGUUGGGCACCUGGAAGGCUCCACCGGGUAAGGUAGAAUCUGCAGUGAUGGCUGCAAUCGAUGCUGGAUACCGUCACUUUGACUGUGCCUAUGUGUACCAGAACGAGAAGGAGGUCGGGGAUGGGAUCCAGCAGAAAAUCAAGGAAGGUGUUGUGAAGCGAGAGGACCUCUUCAUUGUCAGUAAGCUGUGGUGCACGUUCUUUGAAAAGCCUCUGGUGAAAGGAGCCUGCCAGAAGACACUUGCCAGCCUGAAACUGGAUUACCUGGAUCUCUACCUCAUGCACUGGCCUUUUGGGUUCAAGGCAGGAGAGGACCUGUUUCCUACAGAUGACAAAGGCAUGUCUAUACCCAGCAAUGCUGAUAUUCUGCAAACGUGGGAGGCCAUGGAAGAGCUGGUGGAUGCUGGCUUGGUAAAAGCCAUUGGAAUCUCCAACUUCAACCAUGAGCAGACUGAAAGACUCUUGAAUAAGCCAGGACUGAAACACAAGCCUGUAAACAACCAGAUUGAGUGUCACCCAUACCUUUCCCAGGAGAAGCUUAUCAACUAUUGUCAAUCCAAAGGGAUCACUGUGACAGCAUAUUGUCCCCUUGGACGGCCUGAAAGAGCCACACCAGAGGAGCCUGCCAUUUUGGAUAACCCCAAGAUUAAAGAGAUUGCAGCAAAGCACAACAAGACCCCGGCACAGGUUCUCCUUCGCUUCCAGAUCCAGAGAAAUGUGAUUGUGAUCCCCAAGUCUGUCACACCACAACGCAUUGUAGAAAACUUCAAGGUGUUUGACUUUGAACUGACUAAAGAAGAGAUGGCAGCUAUUCUCAGCUUAAACAGAAACUGGAGAAUUUGUGAAAUGGUCACGUGCAGAAACCACAAGGAGUAUCCUUUCAAUGCUGAAUACUGAAAAUAGCUUUAUCCUGUCUUCCUGCCGGCCUGUAGGGUCUAACGAGUUUCUCCCACUACCUACAGUGAUCCACUAUGUACCUUGUACACUGUAUCUAUCCUGACAGCAGAGGUGUUCUUUACUAGAACAAAAUAGUAAAGUUGCUCUGAAGAACAAAAUGCAGGCUAUAAUUAGUUGUAGUAAUUCUUUACUCAUUAGAUACUUGGUUUUUGCUGGCUGAGAUGGCAAACCAGCACAUUAAGAAUUAACUAGCAACUGAUUUAUAUUCUUUUAUUUUUAAUUUUCUGUUUAAUGUCAACAUUACUUAAGACUGCAGGGUAAUGAUAUCUGAGUGCAGAAUUUGCCAUGAAAGAAUGAGCUAUGUGAUCACUGUGUGGAGAUGAAAGACAAUUAUCCACUUCUAGAACACAACCUAAAGUUUUUUCUUGAAAUGAAGACUAUCUGACCCACACGCAUAGUGGCUUUAUUGCAGUUGUAUUCUUUACCAACUGAAACUGAACUGUGACUUGUUUGUAUUCUCUCAAAAAUAAAGAAGUUGGACUACUAAUGG